CAGGACUGCUCCACCGACGCCGUGCAUGCGCCGCCUGUGGCAGGCAUCGCAGGCAGUGCCGAGGCCGGCUGCUUCAGCAUUGUGCUCAGCGGCGGGCAGGCAGGCUCGUACGCCGACGACGCGGAUCUGGGCGAGAGCUUCACGUACACGGGCAGCGGCGGCUGUCUGCUGCGCGGCACGUCUGCCCAGCCCAAGAACCUGCGCACUGCGCCGCAGACGUAUGACCAGACGUUCAACGACGUGCCCAACGCGGCGCUCAAGCGCUCCGCCGAGACCAAGAAGCCCGUGCGCGUCGUGCGGGGCUACAAGAACUCGACGAAGUGGGCGCCCGUCGAGGGCUAUGUCUACAGCGGCCUGUACCGCGUCGAGCGUGCGUGGAUGGCGCAGGGCCUCUCGGGCUUCAAGAUCUGCCGCUACGCCCUCAAGCGCAUCCGCGGACAGGCGCCGCUGCCCGUCUUCGACGACAAGGAGGCCCUGCUCGCUCUAUGA